AUGGGAGCCUGCAGCAGCCAAACCAUCUCAGACCCUACCAUUUAUCUUUCUCUACUCAUUGAUAUGCAUCGGAAAAGUACCAAUAUGAGUCAUUUUAAUGUUACUGUGAUGCCUCAGCCUUUUCAGGAGAGCAAAGCAAAGGAGAGGAGGCAGAGAGAGCUCUCCAGCUCCAAUAAACUGCUUCAGGAUUCUUUGUCUCCAGACCUGGAAGUCUAUGACAGUGAUUACUUUAACCACCAUCCAGUGUUUGUUAGCACCCCGUUGUUAUCUCGUCUGUGCUACGGCCGAGGCGAGGGAGUGUGGACGAGGGAGCUCAUGUUCCAGUUGGCUGAUGCUGAUGAGGGGGAAACUACCACAGCCGGGACUUUUGAUCUUUGUCUCUUUAUGUCAGAAAACUGCCGUUUGGUCCAGCCCAUUGAUGAAUGUGUUGCUUUUUUCUGGUUUUUACAGCUCCAGGAGACUGUCAAGAGGAAACUGGACAUUGCCCGAUCACCCCUAAAUGGGGACCAGAACGGCAUCUGUGACGGAGGUAGCUACUCCCCAACCGCUAAACGGGUCUUGAAGGAGGGUUCCGCCAGUUUGGACUCGCACAUGGGCCUCUCUAAGAACAACAACAGCAAUGUGCCACCCAUUUCCCCGCUGCAUCACCAAAUAGACAUUAAGCCCCUACUCAGUGGGCCCAACACUUCCGGAAACAACACUACAAACAGCAACGGCACCCACACAGGCCAAGCGGCAGACGAGCUGGGGAAGAACGGUGGCAGCCAUCUUCCCGACAUGAAGCUCAACGGCUCCCUGGACCUGGAGGACAGCUUUGGCCUCCUGAAGGACCUGAAACAGGAGCCGCUGGACGAUGGAGGAGGGAUAGAGUCCAGUGAUCCCCAGUCUCUGUCCAAUCAGAACAAACUCUUCUCGGACAUCAACCUCAAUGACCAGGAGUGGCAGGAGCUGAUCGAUGAGCUGGCCAACACGAUGCCAGAGGACGACAUGCACGACCUCUUCAACGAGGACUUUGACGGAAAGAAAGAUGUGGAUUUUGGCAGGCCGGCAAACAAUCAGACACCGGGUCCACCGGACACAACCGGGAAUACGACGACAGCAGGAGUAGCGGCGUCCACGACUCCUCUGCCUCCUCCUCCUCAGCCUCCCCAAGGAGGCCCACAAGUUCCCAUUGGUUCUCCGCAGGUGCGACCAUCAUCGUCUGGGCCUCAGUUUGCCACCACUGCCAAUGGGACUCCUCCUCAGCAGCCCCUGCAACAGUCCCCAGCGGUUGCAAUGCCGUCAGGUUCCCCGUUGCACAACUGUGUCGCUCGCUCCCCUCAAACCCCGACCCAGGCGCAGACGCAAGCAGUCUCCCGGCCCGGGAACGGAUACAUGAUGAACCCGGGCCCAGUCGGUCAGACUGGUACAGGAGGUGGGGCGGGUGGUGCUGGGCCUGGCGGUCAGCCUCUGGGGCCGGUCACACCUGAACUCUCGAAAGCGGAGCAGCUGAAAGCGAUAGCCCAGCACGCUCACGCUAAGCUGAUACAGCAGAAGCAGCAGCAGAAACAAGCAGCUAACUGGUCCCCCGCAGGCGCCCCAACCAGUCCCUUCAACUCUGGCCCCUUUAACCAAGAGAAACCCAACAGCCCAAUGAUGUACCCACCGCAAGCCUUUAACACGCCGCAGGCCCCCAUGAACAACUACCUCCCUCAUAACCACAUAGGCAUGAUGGGCCAACAGCAGCCAAACAGCAUCAACCAGAACGCCAUGUCCAAACAGCAGCAGCAGCAGACGACCUCCAUGUUGUCCUACAGCAACACCAAACCACUGAGUCACUUCAGCGGCAGCGGGGUGGAUCACAUGGGUCAGAGGAUGACUCCGCCCAUGGGAGGGAACAGUCAGGUCAAGAACCCCAUGAUGCCACCCUUUAUGGGUGGUGCAGGUGGUGGCGGUGGGCAGGGAGCCGGUCCAGGCCCGACGCAGGGACCGAUCCCGGGACAGACGGCUCACCUGGGGGAAGAACACAAGCGGAUGUUGAUGAUGAAGCAGAAGGUGUUGAACCAGAACAUGCCCUACGGCACCAUGCAGCCCCACAGUCAGG